UGGGUUGAAAAAAUUUUGCGAGACUAGAUGGGUAGAACGACACGAGUCAAUUUUAAUUUUGGUUGAAGGUUUUAUUGAAAUAAUUAGUGCAUUGGAAGAACUUAUGUCAAUAGAACAUGAUAAAGCAGUUUUUCCAUUACAUAAAUCUAUGUGUAAUUUUAAUUUUAUUAUAACUAUCUGUAUUUUGGAAAAGGUCCUUGGAAUAACUUAUUUUAUUUCAAAAUAUCUUCAAACAGAAAAUAUUGAUUUAUCCAUUGCAAUAGAAUCUGUAGAAUUGACAAUUCAAAAAUUACAAGAUUUACGGACGGAAGAAACUUUUUUUUCUAUAUUUCAUCGUGCUUGUGAAAUCGCAAAAGAAGUUGGUACAUCACCAACCAUACCAAGAGUAGUCGGGACUCAAAAACAUCGAGAAAAUUAUGCCAUACUCAAUAAUGACCAUGUCUCUUACUACAGACAAUCAUUAUAUUAUCCAUAUUUAGAUGAUAUUUUAGCAUCAUUUAAUGAACGUUUUAAAAUGAACUCUAAUAUUUUUAUUUCUUUAUCUUCUUUAUUACCAAGCAAAAUUGGUAAUUUAUCAUUUAGUGAUAUACAGCCAGCUAUUGAUUUUUAUGAAGAAGAUUUAAGAUCUAAUAACCAAAACAUUCACAUGGACUUAUUAAAAAAUGAAUUUGAAUUUUGGAAGCAAAAAUGGUCUAAUGAAGAAAAUAAUUUACCAAAAAAUGCAUUAGACACAUUAUCAAAAUGCCCCGAAGAUUUAUUCCCACAUAUAAAUAUUUUAUUAAAACUUCUUGCUAUUUUGCCUGUAUCAACGGCAUCGGUUGAAAGAAGUUUUUCUUCUUUAAAAAGAAUCAAGACCUAUUUAAGAAACUCUACCGGUGAGGCAAGAUUAAACGGAUUAGCUCUUAUGAAUAUCCACAGAGACAUACAAAUUGACACAGAUGCUAUUUUAAAUAUGUUUGCGUCUAAAAAGGAAAGGCGUUUAGAUUUUAAAUUGUGACAAUUUAAUAAUGAAUGCAUAAUACAUUAAAAACUAUGUGUAUAUAUUA